ACUUCGGGCUGACAGCCUCUUCGCGAUCAGCCGCUCGCCUCACUCCGAGUCGAGCCGCCGUGCCGUGCGCUGCCUGCCUGCCUUACUGCCUGCCGGGCUUUCACUCCGCGCCUUUGCUGCUUUUUGGUUCUUUAAAGUGUUAGAUGCGCUUCCGGAGCCGGAUGAACACACUCCAGUAGACAUGUGUGCGGGAAGAGGCUUGCUGAUGAAGCUGCUGCUGCUGGGUGUGCUUGAGAUGUGCGACGGAGGCUCCUUCCCAGAGGCAGCAGGGCCGAAGGGCCGGGUCACAGGGCUGGAGACAGACUCCCCCUCAUCAUCCCUGGGCCCCGGGACCCCCCCGGCUGGCCCCCCCACCCACAGGCCCCUCCUCCGGGGCCUCCUCCUGCACCAGGCCCUGCUCACUAAGGACUUCCGGGGAGACCAGCGCUUCUUUGACGGCUUGGAGGGGAGCCCCGUCUCGAGCCACACGGUGGCCCACGAGGACGCGCCCGCUUUCUCCGACGUGGCGACCACCACUGUCACCAUGGCGACCGCAUCCCUGCGGGGGGGUGUGGUAAUGACGCCUGUCGGUACUGCUCCGGGCAGGGCGGGGGGCGAAGGGAGCCCCUCGGCCACCACAGGGACUCCAGUCACCACAGACUUCUUAACCACUCCCGUCACACAUACUUUGUCACCUGACACGGUUGUUACGGCAACUAGCCUCGCCCCGCCCACCCUCACAACUCCAUCAAAGGAGCUUGUCCUGGACUCGGAGGAUGUCGUGACGGGAAAAAGCGACGGUCCGGUGAUGACCGCAACACCCCAACCAUCUCUGCAAGAUGUCCCUGAGAAAAACACAGCACCCACCACUGUAAUGACCCCCGACCCCAUGACGGAGCAGCCUGCAGUUGCCUGUGGCAUCAAUCUGACUGCCCCGGACAGCUUCGUCAAGGUGGCCCUGAGCGACUCCGCUUUGGACUGUACCUACUCCGUGACGGUCUACCUGGGCUACGGGGUCGAGAUCCAGGUGUUGGAGGUUAACCUUUUGGCUGGGGACACUGUGACUCUGGAUGAUCUGGGGGCCAAGGGGCCCUCCUUGCUGGCCAAUGAGUCCAUCCUGACCGCCGGACUGGUGCUGCAGAGCCGAAGCAAUCAGGUGUCCAUCCGCUUCCAGGGCAAAGGUCGCGGGCAGCAAGCAGGCUCCUUCCUGCUGCACUAUCAAGCCUUCGUGCUCAGCUGCCCUUUCCCCCAGCGGCCGGCCCAGGGGGAUGUGUCCGUCACCAGUCUCCACGCUGGCGGCGAGGCCUACUUCUACUGCCUCGGCGGAUACCUGCUUCAGGGCCCCCCCACGCUCACGUGCCGCAAUGCGACUACGCCCUACUGGAGUGGCAAGGAGCCCCGGUGCCAAGCCUCCUGCGGCGGAGCGGUGAGGAAUGCCACGAUCGGCCGAAUCGCCUCGCCCGGUUUCCCUGCCAACUAUGGCAACAAUCUGACGUGCCACUGGGUGGUGGAGGCACCGGAAGGCCACCGGUUACACAUUCACUUCGAGAAGGUGGCCCUGGCGGAGGACGACGACAGGCUCCUGAUAAAGGACGGGGAUAACAUUGAUUCCACGCUGCUGUAUGAUUCGUACGAGGUGGAGUACCUCCCCGGCGAGGGCGUUGUCAGCUCCUCCCGCUGCCUGUUUGUCGAAUUUAACACGGAUGGAUCCGGAACAUCCACCGGCGCCGCUGUCCGAUAUGAAGCCUUCGCCCAGGAGAACUGCUACGAGCCCUUCAUCAAGCACGGGAACUUCAGCAGCAGUGACCCGACCUUCGCCGUGGGCGCCGUGGUAGAGUUCUCCUGCGACGCCGGGUACACCCUGGAGCAGGGCUCCGUCACCAUCGAGUGUGUGGCCCCCAACGGCCCUCUGUGGAACGAGACAGAGCCAGCCUGUCGAGGUGCCCUCCGAUUGGGCAGGAGGGAUCAGCUGACCUUCUAUGACGGCGACGACCUGACGGCCAACAUCCUGGGUCAGUACAGCGGCCCCGGGGCCCGCGUGCGGCUCUACACCUCCACGGCUGACGUCACGCUGCAGUUCCAGUCCGAUCCUGCGGGUGACACCUUUGCUUAUGGCAACGGCUUCGUCGUGCGCUUCUUCGAGGUCCCCCGCAACGACACGUGCCCAGAGCUCCCGGAGAUCGCCAACGGCUGGAAGAGCACCUCGCACCCGGAGCUGGUGCAUGGCACAGUGGUGACCUACCAGUGCUACCCUGGCUUCCAGCUGUGGGCCGGGGCUGAGGUCCUCAUGUGCCAGUGGGACCUGACGUGGAGCGGAGACGUGCCCAGCUGCCAACGGGUGACGUGGUGUUCGGACCCCGGCGCGGUGCAGCACAGCCGCAGGGUGGCGUUGGGGGCUCACUUCGCCGUGGGGGCCACUGUCCAGUACGUCUGUGACAAGGGCUACGUGAUGACGGGCGACGGGACACUCACCUGCCAUGCUCGGGACACUGCCAGCCCCAAGUGGAGCGGGCGGCCACCCAAGUGUGUCCCUGAAAAGUAUGAGCCCUGCCGGGACCCCGGCACCCCCCGCUACAGCAUCCAGAGCACAGAGAAGCAGUUUUACCCAGUUGGGGAGACCCUGCACUACAACUGCCUGGCUGGCUACCAGCUGCAGGGGGAUGCCACCAUCCGGUGCAUCCCCGGACACCCCUCACAGUGGAGUGGCCCGCCCCCUGUCUGUAGAGAGCCUUCCUCAGACUCUUCCUCGAAGCACCGGCUGGAUGCGUCCAGUGCAGUCUCCAGUUCAGAGUGGGCAAACGUAGGCGUCGCGAUCCUGGCUCCGGCUGUUGUCUUCCUGGCUGUUAUUGUUGGGAUAUACAUCUACUUCUCAAAGCUCCAGGGCAAGUCUCUCCGGCUGCCCUUGUCCUCUACGCCACCAUACGACAACAUGACAGAGUCCGCCUUUGACAACCCCAUUUAUGAGACUGGAGACUCCAGAGAGUACGAGGUCUCCAUUUAAUGACCUUUGCGUGGGGGGGGGGCAGCUCCCACCCUUUUCCCUGCCUCUUGGAAACAUCGCCGCAGCUCACGUCACUCCUCAGCCACCACGGACUCCCCUUCAUCUCCAUCCCCUUCCCCUUUGCUCCUCUUCCUCCUUUCUGGCUGCUGUAAAAUAUCUUGCCUGAGUGAGCAACUUUGCCAAUGUCGCAAAGAGAAUGGGAGGGUUGCUUUUGUUUUGUUUUUUUUUUUUGAAGGCGUUUGGGUAUUUUUAGAUUCUGAAACAAUUUCUAGUUUUAACUGUUUGAGGAAUUAUUAAGACUAGGGACCAGAAAACUUUUUUAUUUGUCCCUUUGCUCUGCAAAUUAUGAUGACUCUUUAUCCAGUGUGAUGUAAGCAGCCUGCAAAGCACCAUGGGAAUAGAACGUGGUUCUGUACUCUGACCCGGGAAAAGAACAUUCCGGCAAACCGGCGUCAUCGGACUCCAGCUUAUAAACACAACAGUGGAGAGGUGUGGUACGUGUGUAAGCUGUUACAGGGAUCUGUGCUGAGGCCAGAUUCUUCUCGUCAAGGUCACUCACAAGACCCAUCCACCUUCUAUUUCCAUGUAACAUGUAAUUCCCUGACUCCUAAAAUGCUGCCAUUCGAUGCCCAAAGGUCAUGACCACUGACAUGGGUGACGCAGCAUGAAGAAAACCUGACGGUACUACUGGGCUUUACCCUACAUCCUUGCCCUCCAUAUUGGACUUACUGGGAGGUCACCUAGGGCUCGAUUCCAUCGGGUUCCUCUCCUUCCUAAUCUGUUUGCCCACUUCAUUCACUCUUAGUUGACCUACGUGGUACACAAAUAAGGACACCUGAUCAUGAAAGAGAUUUGCCAGUUUUCAUAUAAUUUCAUAUAAAAAAUAUUUCAUCUCAGAAAUAUUUACUGGGGUGUGUGUGUGUUUGGGGUUGCUCGUUUUAUGAACAGGGGAUAAAAAAAUAUCAUGGGGGGCUGCAACUUUGCCUGUCGCUAAAGUAGAUUAUAUAUGUGCAGAAAAAACAACUGGAAUCAAAACUACAAUCACUACUGUGUCCCUAAGGUACCAUCUGAGUAUUACAUGUAGAGAGAAUGUAAGUACCUCUGCCUGGAUUAUUCCAGAAAAAUUCAGGGAGCCACUCUGUGUGCUUCCUAUGGUUUUAAAUGCUGGUUCUUGUUAUGCUGUAACUUUGCACAAUCUGCUUUUAGAUGACAACCUGAAGAUAAAAUGUUCAACAGGCUGAUGUGUUGAACGUGAGGCUCACUUUUACUUUGUGUGACAUUUUUAUGUUGAAAUAUCAUUAAUAUCACUUAACACGUGCAGGGUGACUGGAAAACACAGAACCAAGUCCACAAACCGGAGUGACUUCCUUUGGAAUUUACAUGUGUUUGAGCUCCUUACAAACUCACGAUGUACUACAAAUAGUUUUCCAGAGUUUUUGGAUACAGUUACAAAUUUCCAGUGAUUUUACAAUUAAUAUUUCACAGUUUAAGAGUGAAAAUCUUGCUUGCGGAUUGCUGUUGAACAUUGUUAUGAUUCUCAAACUCAUAUGGUAUGAUUUGUGUCCAUUGUCAGCUUGUGUAAUAAUAUGGAUGAGCACACAUGGAAACUGAUAAGUAAAUACAUUAAUAUUGAAGUUACGCUAAACAUUACGCUAAUAAUGGAAUGCAGUGUUUGAAUAUG